AUGCGGCUCCGGGGCGCCGGCCGGGCUGGCCCGGACCGUGGCAGAGCGACUGCGAGGGCGGCCAAUGGGCGCAGGCGGCGGCGGCGGCCCGGCGGAAGUCCCGCCCGGCGUCGCGCGGGGGCGGGGCGGCGCCGGGGGCGGUGGGCCGCGGGGCGGGCGCAGGAUGAGGGCGGCCAUUGCUGGGGCUCCGCCGCGGGGAGGAGGACGCUGAGGAGGCGCCGAGCCGCGCAGCGCUGCGGGGGAGGCGCCCGUGCCGACGCGGGGCCCAUGGCCAGGACCACCAGCCAGCUGUAUGACACGGUUCCCAUUCAGUCCAGCGUGGUGUUAUGCUCCUGCCCAUCCCCAUCAAUGGUGAGGACCCAGACUGAGCCCAGCACGGCCCCCGGCGUUCCUAGCGGGGGGAGCAGGCAGGGCCCCGCCAUGGACGGCACCGCGGCCCAGCCCCGGGCGAGCGCCAGCGCUCUACAGCACACCACGCAGCCCCCGCAGCCUCGGAAGAAACGGCCCGAGGACUUCAAAUUCGGAAAGAUUCUCGGUGAAGGCUCCUUUUCAACAGUUGUCCUGGCCCGAGAACUGGCAACCUCAAGGGAAUAUGCUAUUAAAAUUCUAGAGAAACGCCACAUUAUCAAAGAGAACAAAGUCCCGUAUGUAACCAGAGAGCGAGACGUGAUGUCGCGGCUGGAUCAUCCCUUCUUUGUUAAACUUUACUUCACGUUUCAGGAUGAUGAAAAGCUGUAUUUUGGCCUUAGUUAUGCCAAAAACGGAGAACUACUUAAAUACAUUCGGAAAAUCGGUUCAUUCGAUGAGACGUGCACCCGCUUUUACACGGCCGAGAUGGUGUCUGCCCUGGAGUACUUGCACGGCAAGGGCAUCGUCCACAGGGACCUGAAACCAGAAAAUAUUUUGUUAAAUGAAGACAUGCACAUCCAGAUCACAGAUUUUGGAACAGCAAAAGUAUUGUCCCCAGAGAGUAAACAAGCCAGGGCCAACUCGUUUGUGGGAACAGCCCAGUAUGUCUCUCCAGAGCUGCUCACAGAGAAAUCGGCCUGUAAGAGUUCAGACCUUUGGGCACUCGGAUGCAUCAUAUACCAGCUUGUGGCAGGACUGCCUCCGUUCCGAGCCGGAAAUGAGUAUCUUAUAUUUCAGAAGAUCAUUAAAUUGGAGUAUGACUUUCCUGAAAAAUUCUUUCCUAAGGCGAGAGAUCUUGUGGAAAAACUUCUGGUUUUAGAUGCCACAAAGAGAUUAGGCUGUGAAGAAAUGGACGGGUAUGGCCCUCUGAAAGCCCACCCAUUCUUUGAGUCCAUCACGUGGGAGGACCUGCAUCACCAGACACCCCCGAAGCUCACAGCUUACUUGCCGGCCAUGUCGGAAGACGACGAAGACUGCUAUGGCAACUACGACAAUCUCCUGAGCCAGUUCGGCUGCAUGCAGGUGUCGGCGUCCUCCUCCUCGCACUCCCUGUCGGCUGUGGAUGCAGGCCUGCCCCAGCGGGCGGGCAGCAACAUCGAGCAGUACAUCCACGACCUGGACACGAACUCCUUUGAACUGGACUUACAGUUUUCUGAAGACGAGAAGAGAUUGUUGUUGGAGAAGCAGGCCAGCGGAAACCCUUGGCACCAGUUUGUAGAAAAUAAUUUAAUACUAAAAAUGGGUCCAGUAGACAAGCGGAAGGGUUUAUUUGCACGGCGACGACAGUUGCUGCUCACGGAAGGGCCACAUUUGUAUUAUGUGGAUCCUGUCAACAAAGUCUUGAAAGGUGAAAUUCCAUGGUCACAAGAACUCCGACCAGAGGCCAAGAAUUUUAAAACCUUCUUUGUGCACACGCCAAACAGGACAUAUUACCUGAUGGACCCCAGCGGGAACGCGCAUAAAUGGUGCCGAAAGAUACAGGAGGUGUGGCGGCACAGGUACCAGAGCCACCCGGAUGCCGCCGUGCAGUGACGCCGCAGCCCGCCCGCUGUGGGGCCAUGCCCCGCACAGCCUGCCGCCUCCGGACGCUUCCAGAUCACCUGCCGGCCAUCUCAAGGGGGACGCAGACGGCGGAACCUUGCAGCUUUUUUAUUUAAAAGAAAAGAAGAAAAAAAACACCCAACCACACAAAGAACAAAACCAAUAACGAAAAGGAAUUCAGGGUCGCUUUGCUUGCUCUCUGUGCUGUGUGGAGCUCUCCACGCUCUGCUCGCCGUGGGGACCAGCGCUGUGCACGUCUGCCUGGCUCCCGCCCCGACUCGGGGACAGACUCGUGGCACCAGCUCUCCACUGCGGGCCUGUCACACCCGUCCUGCUGUGGCCCCUGGGCCCAGACGUGUCUCUGGGCUCUCCCUGCCCCUGGAUCAUCGGGGAACCAACUCUUCCCCAGGGAGCCAGGCGGGCCCCUGCUGGGGGGCCUCCAGUUCUGCAGGAGGCGGGGUUCUUGGCUUUUGUCCGUUUGCCCCUUUCUUCUCGUCCCCAGUGUCUGGCCUAAUCCCCGCGACUGUGCUUGGCUCCUCCAGUAGUCGUGGCUGUGAGAUUCCUGCGGUCCUUGCUGUCUGUCUGCAAGCACUCCUGCGUCGUGUCGGCCUGGCAGACUCCGGGCGGUGAGAAGUGGAACAGGUUGUCCAGGCGAAAUGUGGAGCCGCUGCUGUGUCGGAGGACGCCAGCAGAGCGCGCCAGUGUGUCACCCCACGGAGCAGCACUGCUCCGGGGCUGGGGACCAAGCACUGCCCUGGGGGAGCCCCGGGAGCCGGGGCUCUUUGGCCCCCUCCCCUGUGAGGCCGGGGCAGCGGGGCAGACAGACCUGGUGGCCUCCUCUCGGAGGAGCGAAAGCCGAUGGCCCUUCUGAGUGGUUGGCCGUUUGGUUGGAAGGUGGAGUGUGUCCGGGUGAAGUCGGGGCUGCGAGGUGCCCGGCAUUGGGACAUGGGCCGGUCCUCCAUCACACCAAGGCCGCCCUGCACACCCUUUUCCUGCUAAAGUUGCCCCUUCUCCGAGUCUAGCUCAGAGCGUUUUUACGUGUCCACUGGGAACAUCAAAAAGCCCUCACAUCGUCGGGUCACCUGGUCCCUGUCAUGUGGGCUUUGCCUGGAGAAGAGUGGCGCCACUCCCCUGGCACAGGGGCAGGAGCAGCAUGCGUGAACCCGGGCCGCCCGCCCCCUCCAGUGUCAGGCUGUUUCCUCCUGCUCUGUAGGGGCAUGCCCUGCCCAGGGUUGUGCCCUGCCCAGGGUGUCCCAGGGGCAGCCCUCAGUCCCAGUGGAGGAGGAGCAGGCGCUGUGGCCCUGUCCCCAGGGGAGGGGUGACUGCCACUUCCUCUGGACUUUCACAAAGGCACCGAUUUAAACUCCCAUGGAAAAGGUCCCCUGAUGACUUCUGUGCCCCCACCUCCUGUCCCACCCAUCACCGUGUGUGACCCACAGUCCACAUGGAGGGAAGGAUGUCUUAACCUCUGUUAGCGAUGUCACAACAGUGGCUGUUAAACUUGGAAGGAAAUUGGGCUGUGGGGAAUCCCACUGUGCGGAG